AUGUCACUCGCACACACAGCUGCAGAGUACAUGCUCUCUGAUGCCCUGCUGCCCGACUACAGGGGCCUCCGCCUCAAAGGACUGCGCCUGGAACUGCCCCUGGACCGGAUGGUCAAGUUCGUAGCUGUGGGCUUCCCCUUGUUGCUGAUGUCCCUGGCAUUUGCCCAGGAAUUCUCCUCCGGGUCUCCGAUCAGCUGCUUUUCUCCUAGUAACUUCAGUGUCCAGCAGGCUGCCUACGUGGACAGCUCCUGCUGGGACUCACUGGUUCACCACGAGCAGGAUGACAAGCAGGGCCAGUACAAGAUGAAGUCUCUCUGGCCUCACAAGGCCCUCCCCUACUCCCUGCUGGCCCUGGCUGUGGCCAUGUACCUGCCAAUCCUGCUGUGGCAGUAUGCAGCCGUGCCAGCCCUCAGCUCAGAUCUACUGUUCAUCAUCAGUGAACUGGACAAAUCCUAUAACCGCUCCAUCCGCCUGGUGCAGCACAUGGUGAAGAUCCGGCAGAAGAGCUCUGACCCCCACGUUUUCUGGGACGAGCUAGAGAAGGCUCGCAAAGAACGAUACUUUGAAUUCCCCUUGCUAGAGCGCUACCUGGCAUGCAAGCAGCGCUCACAUUCACUAGUGGCUACCUACCUCCUGAGGAACACCAUCCUGCUCCUCUUCAUCUCAGCCACCUUCCUGUACCUUGGCCACUUCCACCUGGAUGUCUUCUUCCAAGAAGAAUUCAGCUGUUCCAUCAAGAGAGGGUUUUUAAGCGAUGAGAUCCACGUCCCCGAUCUGAUCACGUGCAGGCUGACCUUCCUGUCUGUUUUCCAGAUUGUUAGCCUCUCCAGUGUAGCAAUAUAUACCCUACUGGUUCCAGUGAUACUAUACAACCUCACCCGGCUAUGUAAGUGGGACAAACGACUCCUGUCCAUCUAUGAGAUGCUCCCAGCUUUUGAUCUCCUCAGCAGAAAAAUGCUGGGAUGUCCCAUCAAUGACCUCAACGUGAUCCUUCUCUUCCUCCGAGCCAACAUCUCCGAGCUCAUCUCUUUUAGCUGGUUGAGUGUCUUGUGUGUGUUAAAAGACACAACCACCCAGAAGCACAACAUUGACACAGUGGUCGAUUUCAUGACCUUAUUGGCUGGAUUAGAGCCCUCAAAACCUAAACAUCUCACCCACCGGGUAUGUGAUGAGCAGCCAUAGCUAAGAAA